UGCCCGGGCUCCGCCGCACGGCGGGGCCCGAUUCGCGCGUUCCGGGCACGUUCCAGGGCGCGCGGGGCAUGAAGCCUGCGGCGCGGGAGGCGCGGCUGCCUCCGCGCUCACCGGGGCUGCGCUGGGCGCUGCCGCUGUUGCUGCUGGUGUUGCGCCGGGGCCAGAUGGUGUACGCAGGUGACUGUGUCAGCUGUGAUUCAUUCAACUACACAUCUUCAGCCACUGGAAUUAAUUUUGAUGAUAUACCAGGAAACUUUUCAGUAAUAAAUGUGACUGAUUCGAGUGGCUGGAGUCCCCCCAUUGACCCUAGCAAUACUUCAAUUGAUGGACUCGCUCCUGGGACGCGCUAUCAUUUAACCUUGUCAAAUGGCUCCAGUAUCUGUUGUCAACAAGUGGAAACAAGACCCAGUUCUGUAUUUGACAUUGAAGCCGUUUCCAGCAGUCCAACAAAUGUGACCCUAACCUGGAAAAACAAUGACACGGCUGCUUCUGAGUACGAGUAUAGAGUGAUGAAUACGGUGGGAGAUAAACUGGCUUGUGUUACACGUCAGACCAGGUGCGACAUCACAGACUUAAGUCCAGAGACUUUUUAUCAGUUCUCCAUCACUCCAAGAACAGGCAGUAAGAUCUGGGGAGAUCCCAGCUUCAAAAAUGUCACAACAGGUGUUUUUAAAAUAGCGCCUGCUCCUACUCUGGUUUCUGGUCUCCAUGUUCACUCUGUGGAUACGAGGAAGGUUGCUGUCUCCUGGAGCAAUGACAAUGGGACUGCCUCCUGCUGGAUGCUUCUUGAAGGCAGAAGCCUUGAUGAGUCUACUCAAAACUUAACAAUCAGAAUUUUAGGCUUGAAGCCAGGAAAUCGAUGCUGUUUCAACCUGUAUCUUCUAGAAUCAAAUGAGACCCAGAGAGAACUGGUUAUUUCUGUCUCGGAUGUCAAUGGCACUGAAAGAAUCCCAGCAGACACCUGGCCCCAGGCCUGCGACAGCGCCACCACGCCUGUAUGUGUUGAGAACUUCCCUGGGCCUACGGCCCCAUCCUCUGGCCAGCAGUCCCAAGACAUGCACGUCCUGCUUGUUGGGUUAAAGCCUGGGACUCAGUACAAGACUACUGUUUAUUCUCAAGCAGCAGAUGACACGGAAGGAAAGCCUCAGACUGUAGAGUUCACGACAAAUGCUAGUCAGGUUUUUGACGUCACAGUCGUGAACAUCAGUGCCACAAGCUUGACCCUGACCUGGAAAAUCACUGAUAAUGAGUCAUCCUCUGUGUAUACCUAUGAGAUAGUCGUGGCUACGGAGACGAGUUUCCUAUCUGUCAACAUCAGUGAGAUGCAGGCCGUCAUCCCCGGACUCACCUCGAGUACCCUCUACAACAUCACGGUGUAUCCCCUCCUAGGUGACACCAGGGGCAUGCCGGGCUCCCUCCAAGUGUACACCCCUCCUGGUCCAGUUUCCAACUUUCAAGUAACCUCAGUUGGCGCAAAGGAAAUUGGCUUAGCCUGGAGCAGCAAUGACUCGGAUUCCUUUAAGAUAAAUAUCUCCCAGGAUGGAGCUGGAGAAUCUUGGGUGAAAACAACCACUGAUCAAACUGUUAUCAUUGAUGGCUUGCACCCUGGAACCAAAUACCAUUUUGAAAUAUUUCCACAAGGACCAAAUGGGACCCAAGGGCCAUCUCAAACCAUUUACGGUAGAACUGCCCCCAGUGCAGUAUUUAACAUCCGUGCCAUCCAAAUCACCACCACGGAGAUGGAGCUGGCAUGGGAGAGUGGGGACAAUGCCUCCGAGUACAUCUACCAUUUAAAUGUACAGUCUGAGCAUGGCUCUAACCAAAUGAGCACCUCUCACAAAGAAAUCACUCUCCUGGGCCUGAUCCCAGGCACGUUAUAUAACAUCACAAUCUAUCCUGAGGUGGACCACGUGCCGGGGGACAACAGCUACACUGCAUACUAUACACGGCCCAACAACGUGUCGAACAUUGAAAUAAACACAACUACCACAGAAGCAGCCUUAAGUUGGAAGAACUCUGAUGAAGCCUCUCCCACGUAUUCCUACCUCCUUCUUAUUGAGAGAGUCAGCAAUUCCAGCAAUGACACACGAGAAGUGGUCACAAACAUUGGAGCCACUGACUUUGUAGUCACUGAAUUAAUGCCUGGCUCUUCUUACACAGUGGAGAUCUUUACACAAGUGGGGAAUGUUACUGAGUCACUGACACCUGGGUGGCAGUCAUUCUGUACAUUUCCCGCAUCUGUGGCCUCCUUCCACUGUGACAUGAUCCCCAGAAAGCCAGCCCUGGUUCUCACCUGGGCCUGUCCUCCUGGCGCCAAUGAAGGCUUCGAGCUGCAGGUCAGCAGCGGGACUUGGUACAGAGUGACACGCCUGGAGAGCUGCUUCUCGGAGAAUGGCACCGAGUACAGGACAGAAGUCAUGUAUUUGAAUUUUUCUACCUCGUACAACAUUAGCGUCACCACCGUGUCCUGUGAGAAGAUGGCAGUCUCUGUCCAAAGCACCUGUGUCACUGGCAUCACAGACCCCCUUGCUCCAGAUGGAUCCCCUAAUAUUACAACCAUCAGUCACAAUUCAGUCAAGGUCAGUUUCAGUGGAUUUGAAGCCAGCCACGGACCCAUCAAAGCCUACGCUGUCAUUCUCACCACUGGGGAUGCUGAUCGGCCUUCCACGAGUGACUUGCAGUGUACGUAUGCAGAUUUCAAAAAGGGGACCUCACACACUUAUGUGACAUACCUCAUAGUAACAGAAGAAAAGGGACAUUCUCCGGGCUCCUCUGAAGUCUCGAAAUACGAAAUUGAUGUUGGGAAUGAGUCGAACACGUUUGGCUAUUACAACGGGAAGCUGGAACCUCUGGGCUCCUACCGGGUUUGUGUGGCUGGCUUCACCAACAUUACCUUUCUCCCUCAAAACAACGGGCUCAUUGAUGGGGCUGCGAGCUACGUGUCCUUCAGUCGCUUCUCAGAGGCUGUUUUCUUGCCCCAGGAUCCAGGUGUCAUCUGUGGUGCAGUUUUUGGAUGUAUCUUUGGUGCCCUGGUUAUUGUGGCUGUGGGAGGCUUCAUCUUCUGGAGAAAGAAAAGGAAAGAUGCAAAGAACAAUGAAGUGUCCUUUUCUCAAAUUAAACCUAAAAAAUCCAAGUUAAUCAGAGUGGAGAAUUUUGAGGCCUACUUUAAGAAGCAGCAAGCCGACUCCAACUGUGGCUUCGCAGAGGAAUACGAGGAUCUGAAGCUUGUUGGAAUUAAUCAACCUAAAUAUGCAGCUGAAAUGGCUGAGAACAGAGGGAAGAAUCGCUACAAUAAUGUUCUGCCCUAUGAGAUUUCCCGUGUCAAACUUUCCAUCCAGACUCAUUCAACUGAUGACUACAUCAACGCCAACUACAUGCCUGGCUACCACUCCAAGAAAGAGUUUAUUGCCACACAAGGACCUUUACCCAACACUUUAAAAGACUUUUGGCGUAUGGUUUGGGAGAAAAAUGUAUAUGCCAUUAUUAUGUUGACCAAAUGUGUUGAACAGGGAAGGACCAAAUGUGAGGAAUACUGGCCCUCCAAGCAAGCUCAGGACUAUGGGGACAUAACUGUGGCAAUGACAUCAGAAAUGGUUCUUCCAGAAUGGACCAUCAGAGAUUUCACAGUGAAAAAUGUCCUGACAAGUGAAAGUCACCCCCUGCGACAGUUCCAUUUCACCUCCUGGCCAGACCACGGUGUUCCUGACACCACUGACCUGCUCAUCAACUUUCGGUACCUCGUUCGUGACUACAUGAAGCAGAGUCCUCCUGAGUCACCAAUUCUGGUACAUUGCAGUGCUGGAGUUGGAAGGACCGGCACUUUCAUUGCCAUUGAUCGUCUUAUCUACCAGAUAGAGAAUGAGAACACUGUGGAUGUGUAUGGGAUUGUGUAUGACCUUCGAAUGCACAGGCCGUUAAUGGUGCAGACAGAGGACCAGUAUGUUUUCCUCAACCAGUGUGUUUUGGAUAUUAUCAGAUCCCAGAAAGACUCAAAAGUAGAUCUCAUCUAUCAGAACACAACCGCAAUGACAAUCUAUGAAAAUCUUGCACCUGUGACCACGUUUGGAAAGACAAAUGGUUACAUCGCCUAAUUCCAAAGGAAAACCUUCCUGGAGUUAACCAGCCCAUCGUACCCACAGCAAAGGAGCAUGCCCCGAUUUGACAUGUUUUUAUAUGUCUAGUAUCUUAAUUCUUUGUUCUGUUCUGUUAGAACUAAUUUUGAGGGCGUGAAGCUGCACAUGUAGAACCUGGCGAUGAGAAAUUGGGGCCGUCAGGGGCUGUGGACGGGUGGUGAGCAAACCACCCGCAUUCCCGAUUACCAAUGGGAUGAGUUUGCUUUUAUUUCUUUUUUCUUGAGAAUUGUGGAAAACCAGGAAAAAUGAGCUAUGAUUUUCUUUUUCUUUCUCAAAACAGGUUUUUUUUUUUUUCUUUUAAGAGACUAUUUUAUAUGAUUCACAUGCUAAAGCCAGGAUUGUGUUGGGUUAAAUAUAUUUUAAGUAUCAGAAGUCUAUUUUUACCUACUGUAUCUUGGGAUCUAGCUGAUGAAAAAUACCUAAUUGUGGAUGAUUCUUGUGUAGGGAGGGGCAUGUGGCGCCUCUUCCGAGUGGGUUUUCUAUAUGAACAUGUGCCUUUUCUGAAUUAUGCUUCCACAGGCAAAACUCAGUAGAUGUCUCUAUUUUUGUAUUGAAUCUCAUAAUUGGAAUACGUGGAAUAUGUAAACAGUAGUUUAGCAUCAGAGGUUUGCCUUCUCAGUAACAUUCCUGUUCUCAUGUGAUUGGAGGAGGCCUCUUUGCUCCCGAAUCCACUCCCCACCCCCGUACACUUGUGCUUCACUUUCUCUCCCUUGUGCCCUCCCAGUUUUCUCCAAAGACGCUUCUGUUGGCAACGGUUUCAGCCCAUCGGUUGGGUGAGAACAGAGACUAGACACCGGUGGGUGGGAGUGGGAGAAGCAGAGGAACCCUCUGGCAACACAAAUCCUUUUCUUUUCCUUGUGAUAUUCUUUUCUCUCAUUUCUGUAUUUGGUAAGAAGGAUUAUUUAAAGGUGCAAUAUGUGACUUAGUGAUUCAUGAUGCUCUAGGUUUUUAGUAAUGUUUUACUCAGGUUGGCAUUUUAUGUGUGUGUGUAUGUCCGUGUGUGUGCAUGUGUGUGUGUGUGUGUGUAAGUUGAACAGUGUGGCGAUCUGUGAACACUUCAGUGUGAAUUCAGUGUCAGAUGAAUCCCUCCUCCCCCAAAGUCCACUGGCUUUAGUCUCUUAUCUGCAGUUGACACAUAUCGGAAUCUACUGUGUGUAUAUAUAUACACAGUAUAUAUAUAUAUAUAUACUAAACUCUCCAACACAGUCAUUCCUAGGAAUUGAGGUGUACAAAGUUUGAAUUUGUAUCAAAGAUGUAAUUAUUAUUUUUAAAAUCUCUUUUCACUAUACUGCUGCUGUAAUUACUUUGAUUUUUUUUAAAAAACCUAUAGAUUAAUUUUUUUUUUUUUUGUUAUUUUGCUUCAGGUGUGUAUCCACCAAGAAUUUUAGAAUUUAUGUGGGUUUAUUUUAUUGGUACAUGAUCUGUAAACUUCUCAAGGCAUUAACAUGAAAGGAUGUGUUUCUUUUUGUUUUAUAUUGUGGCUCAGGUUAUAUUUUGAAGAAGUCUUGACUUUAUCCUCCAAUAGACAAUGAAGUAUACAAGGUGUUAUGAAGGAAUAACCAAGUCCUGGAGUCCUGUGGCCGUAUUCCACAGUACCGCAGCCUGCUGUACACAAACAGGACAUGUGUGUUCUCUUAGAAUGGGAAGGAAGUCUUCUCCGUGUGCCCUGGUUGCUGGUGACCUCUGCCUGGGAGCCUGUCUCCCUCUGCUGCCAUGAUCCUCACCUCACCGGCACUUUGAUAACUGACUGGACACAUUAGUGGGUAUUUUAUAAAGGUUAUGAAAGGUGAACCGCAAUGCACUUCAAGGCCUGCUGUGGUUCUGAGGUGUAGUACUGUAUGUCUUUUGUCCCCCCUUCCCUUUGAGGUACUGAAAGGAUUAAGAGGAGGGGUCAUGGUGGUGUCAUGUUUUGGGAAGAAUCUUCUCCAGUGGAAAUUGCACUUUUUUGCUGAAUCUUUUGCAAUUUUUGGUAGCACACAGUUCGCUUAGUGUCAGGUCCUUAAAGGAAUGGGUUGGCCAGGCCAGCUCAGCUCAGGUCCCCUUGACCUAACUUCAGAGCGGUCUUGGCUCUGUAGGUGUGACUGCAGGAAGCCGCGCUGUCUCUGGGGAGUUGAGUGAAGCUGGUCUGGGCAGACGGUUUCCUUCCUGACCCUCCUGUCACACAGCUCAGCCCCCAGCUCAUGCAGAUCUUGGAGAGCCCCGUAACUUUAUUCAUUUAGAGAUCCUCGUUCAGGCAGUUCUGUGGGCCUUGCCCCUUUCUUCUUUAAUUUGUCUGAAACCAUCAUGAGUGUCUAGAUGUCAACUCUCAUAUGGAUCCUAAGCCCUGCCCUGGCCUGCCCUGCCCACUUUGCUACCAUAAAGGAGUCAGAGGAAGGGACUUGUCCCUAAAAAAUCCUUUAAGGGAUUAGAAUCCUUGAAAAGAUUAAAGCAACAUGAUUGUAAACAUAUUGUAUAAAAGUGCAAAGCCUAGCAGCCCUCCUUCCUUCCAGCUGGUACGGGCUUGGGAAGUGGGCAGCAGCCUCAGCUAUCCUGGGAGGAGGAAGUCUUGUGGCGGAGAGGUCUGGGCUUCCAAAUGGGCAGGUCACAUGAAGGUCACGAUGCUUCCCUGAGUCCUGAAGUGGGCCGGGCUGGGGCUGGUGGGGGUGGUGAGGGUAUGUAUAGCACAGUGCUUGAAAAGGGAAGAUUAGUGUGUAAAUAUAAAGGACACACAGGCUGCGGGUUGUUCAGAGAUAAGAGGAAGGUGCUUCUGAGCUCCUUCAGCCCCUCCCAGCAGCAGUGAACUAAGAUUUGAGGAGUCCGGUGGGAUCGUGGGAAUGAGGUGAGCCUCUGCUCAGUCUCUGACAAGGGGACACUGGCUGUCAAUGGAAGGACCUAAGAAUAGUGGCCUAUUGGUUCGGGGGAUUUGGUGGGCCAUCAAUAUCUUCUCCCAAGAACAAGGACUCUCUGCCUCCAAUGUUGAAUCAAAUGAUGAUGGGCACCAGCAGGAAAUGGAAAUGGCAUUUGGUGUUGGCCAUACCGUGACCUCCAGCCAACCUUGGCCCAAUCGACAUCACUGGAUUUGCGCUUCGUCGAGUUGGAGGCUCCGGGGAGUGGCUGUGGAGGUCACCUAUGCAGCUGAUCUUGUUUGUUUUUCAUCUGGGAUGCAAAAGCCUGGUUUUCUUUUAAAGUGCUUGAUUGCAUUUAUUGAGCAAAAGUCUUAGUGACUGAUGUUAAUUUGCCUCCAAAGUCCAAGUGCUGGGUUUUCAGACUACUGUGUAGGGUUGUGUGUUUGACCUACUGUAGCUUUUUCUCCCCAGGGGGCACAUAUGAAUAGGACUUGUUGAUGUGGACUCUAAACUGUAAUUUUCUUGUAACUAUUUUGGAAUGAUGCAUAUUUCUAAUGUUUGUUAUACUUGUACAGAGCAUUGCUGUUGGUUGGUUUUUUUUUUUUUUUAAGGAAAAAAUGGCCUGAAAAAAAUUUUUUUUAAAGUCUUACCAAUACCAAAUAUAAAAAAUGUCAAUGCA